AUGCCUGGAAUAAAUUUUAAUUAUGAUCGAAAUCAAUCGGUCGAACGUCAACACGAUCAACAACAUCAAUCUCAAAAUACAUUUCACGGUAGUCCAAUUCAUCAUAGUCGAAGUCAACCACAAUAUUACUAUCAACAACCCACUCAUCAUUCAGUUCAACAUUAUACAAAUACGCAACAACAACGUAGUAGUCAAAUUAAAUAUAGUAAUAGUACAUCAGAUACAAAUUCGCCAACAAAGUUAACAAAUAACAAUAGUAAUCAGAAUAAUAAUAAUAAUAAUAAUGUUGAAAUGAUAAUUGAAAUACCAAAAAAAUGUGAAUGGAAUGAAUUAGAAAUAAUGGGAAAUGUUAAAAAUUUAUCUCCAACAUUAUGGACAUUAACAAAUUUAACUGUUUUAUAUUUGAAUGAUAAUCAAAUUAGUCGUUUACCAUCAGAAAUUGCCAAUUUGACAAAUCUAGUCACAUUUGAUCUUUCAAAUAAUAAAUUAAGAGGUUUACCAGCUGAAAUUGGUGAUUUAAUCACGUUAAGAGAAUUAAAUUUAACAAACAAUCAAAUUCGACAAUUGCCUUAUGAACUUGGAAAAUUAUUUCGUUUGCAAAGUUUGGGUUUAAUGGCUAAUCCACUACCACCUGAAAUUUUAUCAUUGUAUAGUGAACAAAAUGGAACACAAAAACUUAUAACAUAUUUUCUAGAUAAUCUUCCAGCACCAAUGAAUGGGUGUCCAGGAAAAUUGUUAUAA